AUUUCUCACCACUAUCACACUCAUAAAAGCUCUUACUCUUUCCUAUAAAGACAGAAACUGAAAACACAGUUACUCACUUAACGUCCCUAAAACCUCCGAAAUAAAAUUCCAUGUUGCCUCCGUCAACAUCCCCACGGCAACCAUCGUCACAUCAUAUGGACUUACCGACUCCACAAUCACCAGAUAAAUCCCCCGCGACGAUUCUCCUCGGCAAAUACGAACUCGGUCGCCUGCUCGGCAGCGGUAGCUUUGCCAAAGUCCAUGUGGCUCGUUCCAUCGAAACCGAACAACUUAUGGCCGUCAAAAUCAUCGACAAGAAGAGAACCGCCAAGGCCGGUAUGGAGCCGAUGAUAAUCCGGGAGAUCGAAGCCAUGCGCCGCCUCCAACACCAUCCUAACGUCCUCAAAAUCCACGAGGUCAUGGCCACUAAAACAAAGAUCUAUCUCGUCAUGGAGCUCGCGGCCGGCGGAGAGAUUUACACCAAGAUUCGCGAUUCUGGCCGCCUUAAGGAAUCGGAGGCGCGCCGCUACUUCCAGCAGCUCGUCUCGGCGCUCACUUUCUGCCACCGAGAGGGAAUCGCUCACCGCGACGUGAAGCCGCAGAAUCUCCUCCUCGACAAGGAGGGCAACCUCAAGGUCUCCGACUUCGGUUUAUCCGCUUUGCCGGAGGACCGUAGGAGCACCGGAAUGCUCCACACAGCUUGCGGCACGCCGGCUUACACAGCGCCGGAGGUGAUUGCUCAUAGAGAUUACGACGGCGCGAAGGCUGACUCGUGGUCGUGUGGCGUCUUCCUCUACGUUCUUCUCGCGGGUUACGUUCCUUUUAAUGAUUCCCAUAUUGUACUAAUGUACAGGAAGAUCCAAGGGAGAGAUUACAAGUUCCCAAACUGGAUCUCGAAACCUGCUCGAUCCAUCAUCUACCGAUUGCUCGAUCCGAAUCCAGCAACGAGGAUGAGUAUCGAAGCUGUAACUGAAACCAAAUGGUUCAAGAAAUCCCUUGAAACCUCCGAGUUUAAACCCAAUGUCUUGGAAUCGGAUGAACGAUUGGGGCCACUGAGAGGUGAUACGAUCACAGCCUUUGAUUUGAUAUCCUUAUCGACGGAAUGGGAUCUAUCGGGGCUGUUCGAGAGGAGGAAGAUGAAGAGGACGAGGUUUACGGCUAGGGUUUCGGCGGAAGGAGUGGUGGAGAAGGCAAAGGCGAUAGGGGAGAAGUUAGGGUUUAGGGUGAAGGAGAAGAGUGAUGCGAGGUUUGUGGCAUUGAGUAAAGGAAGAACGACGGUGGUGGUCGAGGCGGUUGAGCUGGUGGAAGGUUUGGUUGUGGCGGAGAUGAAGGUGGUGGAAGGUGUGGAGGAGGAGGAGGAUGAGUCUCACUGGUCGGAGAUAACUGUAGGGCUUGAGGAGAUUGUGCUUGCAUGGCACCAUGACGUAUCUAAAAAAUGUUGAAAUAUGAUUUGGCUUAAUUAUCAAUGUUUCAGUUUUGUGAAAAAUCUCUUCUUAUUUUCUUUUCGUUUUAGGAUUUUUUCCUAUGUUAUCAAUGUUAAAAAAAUUGAAAGGUGAUAAAAGGCUGUCUGAGAAUCAGCUUAUCCCAAAACUCAAGAUAAUAUCCAAAUUAAACUCAAACCAACGAAAGAUUUUUUUUUCCUAUGCAAAAUUAUCAAAGGAUUUUAAAAUUCAAAAGUUUGAUAACAAAAGGAUUUUCUCUAGUAAAUUCAAAAGAAAAUUAUUAAUUAUUUUAAAAACUUUGGUAGAUGGCAAUCUAAAGUUGGAGAAGCCUUUUAUCCCAAAAAUCUAAAUAUAAAAAUUACUUUUUCUCAUAAAAUCAUUAAGAUAUUAUUAACAUUCGAAAAUUUUGGCAAUGAAUUUUGCCGCUUAAAAUUAUUAAAACUAUUAAUAAUAUACAAAAUCUUGGUAGGUAUUUUUCAAAAUGUUGAGAAGAUUUUCAUCCCAAAUCUCAUAAAUAAUUAUUUUUAGUUGUUGUCAUAAAAAUAGCAUUUAAAAAAAAUUCAAAAAAACAUUUUAGCAUAAAAUUGCCAAAAUUUUGUUUUUUGUAACUAAUUGCCAAGAUAUUGUUAAUACUCAAAAAAUAAUUAACAAAGACUUUCCCCGCAUUUAAGAUCUUAUUAAUAAUAUUAAAAUUUAAUGAUAGGUAUUAGGAAGACACUCAAGACGCAUUAUCAAUUUUUUUUUCAAAACUACAAAUUAUAAUAGGUUUUCCAUAUAAAGUUGUCAAAAUAUUAUUUAUGUUCAAAAUUUGUUAAGUAUUACUCAAAGAUUAAUGCAACAUUUAAUGGCAUAAUUGUCCGCUACACGCCUCGAUCUUCAAAGAAGACUGAGAGUGAUUUUACUUUUUGUAUGAUUAUAUAUUUUUAUAUAUACUAGAGGUAGAUGAUAUUUUGUAUGAGUUAUUAAGUUUGAUGGCCACAAUGUUUAAUCAAUGCAAAAUUAUAAAAUGAGAAAAAAAAUUCUAAGGGUUACAGAUCUCUUUGUCUAAUUAAUGUUUGAUUAAUUGGCUUUUAGAAAAAAAUGAAAUGAUAAAAAAAUAUUUUAACAAAGUUUAGAAUUUUAGAAAUGAAAAUGGAGAUGCAUGUAAGUAAAAUAUAUACAAAUUAGUUAGCACCACUUACCAAAUUUGUUAUAUUUCAUUCCUUAAUUUCCCACAAAAUAUCAUCAUAUUUAUUACAUUCAACUGAACAUUCCUUAUUUUUCAAUUUUACAAAUUUUCUGUUUUUGACUAUAACAAUCCAUAAGAUUUUUAGUUGGUAUAUGAAAUAGUGAAGAUUUAACACAUCCCAUAUUCAUAUAACGAUCAAACACAGAUAAAGUCAAUCAAAUGUCAUCAAAAACACAUGACAUAUUUAGCGCCAAAAUAGUACACUAACUUCAUUGGCUGUAUUUAACUAAUUAGUUAAUAGCCUUUCGACACCAAUUAAUAGUUUAUUAAUCUUCAACAGAGUAAAAAAUUCAUCGAAUUACAUAUAUAGUAUAUACUUUACUGUAUAUACAAAUGUAUAAUGUUAUUACUAGUUUAUUUUAGUAAGAAAAUAAUGAUUAUUUUUGUUAAAUUGGUUUGUUUGAUUAAUAAUCAAAUCAUAUCUAUAUCCAACAUCCUGGUAAAAUAAAUCAGUUUAAUUCAGUUCAAUUUUAUCAUUUUGAACAUAUAUAUUGAAAAUAGUUGAAUAAUUUAUUCGGAAUUGCAAUAUUAAUUUGUGUUAUUGGCUCUUAAUUGAUUGAUUACCUAAAAAGCUUACCAUCUCUUUUCAGGUGGAUACCGUUGCAUACUAUCUCUUUGUCCUGAAACCACUAUUUCCAAAUGGGAUCAACGUGCUCUCCCUGUUCACGAGCAUUUGGGUGGAGAAGUAGCGCUUCACCGUCUCCAAAUUCCAAUGAAAACGGUUGUCUCGGUGGAGAUCUCAGCGGUGAACAGAAAUGGUCUUGAAGGUGAGCUGUCUUGCUUGUUCUUCGAGUACUUUAGGACUCUGGAGGUGGUUCGUGAGACAACAAAGGAGAUGAAUAGAUCAUUUUACUUAAUUUAAUAAAAUUCAUUUACUUUAUAAUUAUUUUUUUUUAUAAAAUUAUUAUUUGUGCUUCAUUUUCCUCCCACAUUUAUUAACUAUAUAUUUUUAAGAUACACAAGUUUGUGAGAUAUACUAUACACAUAUACAAAAUUAGUUUGAAUUACUUUAAUUAUAUUUUAUUUUAAACUACUGAUCAAUUAAGUGAUUUAUGAAAACAAACAUAAAAUAUUGACAAUGUUAGAUACUCAAAAGAAUAACAAAAAAAUGUAGAUGUGUUUUAAUUAUCUACCAAAAUAACAUUUUGAAUAAAUUAGCAAUCUUGACCUUAUUUUUACUGGAAGAAAGCUUCUUAUAGAUAAAGAUUUUUUUAUUACAACAUAUAUCUUACCUUUAUGAAAUAUAAGCUUGAUCGAAUAUCAAUAGCAGGCGACUAUUUUCCAAAUCAUUGUAACCUACCUACUAAUGUUUCUAUGGCUAAUUGGUAACUAUUGUUCCAAUUGCUUAUGUUUGGGUCGAAUUAAUGGAUAUUUAUAUUUUUUAAAAUAGCAGACGACUGAUGCAAAGAUAUAAUGUUAAAUUGAGUAUAUUACAAAUUGUAAAGAGUUUUAAUACAAUUUUUUAGGUUUGUCAAGAUGUAAUUGUCAAGACAAAAUGACAAUUUUAGAAGAUACAGAUGUUGGAAAACUUAAUUGAAUGAAAUAAUUAACAAGAAUAAUUGGUAACCGAGCUAGGAAACAAUAAAGUUGUGGUCCAAAAAUAAUUAUAAAGCGAUUUGGAAUUUAAAAAUAACACACAAGUACAAUGUUUAAUCAUAUUGCAAUGGUUGAUUACCAACUUUUGAAAAAAUUGAUAAUCAAAGGCGAGAUUAGUUAGUAAAGAAUGCAAUGGUUCACUUGAACAGUUGCAAAUAUUCAUUCACAUAUUACAGUUAUACAUUCAAAUGGUUUCCUUGAUUCGCUUUAAAUCUCCCAGGAUAUAUUUAUUCUCUAAAUUAAACUACAAAUUUUCUAUUUUCUGAUAUGUUGAUUUUCGUUCUACAUGUAUUUUGCUUGAAUUGAACAUAAGAUAGAAAUGUAUAAAAAAUAUUUGAGAAGAUUUGAAAAGUAUGAUCUCUGAAUGAGAUGUUUUACUAAUUGAAAUAAACAAAGCUGUAUAACAAAUGAUUUAAGAUAUGAUUUUCUUAUAAAAAGUGGUUAUAAGCAAAAAAUAUAAAAACGUAUAAUAAAAUACAAAUUUUAAUAACAUCAAGAAAGAAAUAUUAAAGGAAAUAUCCUUGUAAAAUAGUUUUAUUUAUAUGGUUGUGAAAAAUGUUAUACUCGUAAUGAAGUUGCAAAAAUCAUUUUUUAUAUAUUGUUAAACCAUAAAUAUUGUAAAAUAGUUUUAUUUAUAUAGCUUUAUUGUAUCAAUAUUUUCCCAUCCACGUCAUCUAUUAUUUCCCAGCUCGGACUUAGUGGAAUAUAAUAAAUUGUUUGGUAACAAAUUAGAUCCAGUCAAGAUCUUUUUCUAGUCAUUAAAUGAAUCUUGAUACAAUAGUUAUCUUCUCUAUUAAAAGAGAAGUACCAUUUUUAUCUACCAUAAAAAAGUCACACUAACUUUAUUAGGUCUAUUUCAUUAAUUACAUUUAUUUAAUUAUUUAUAUUAAUCUAUUCAAUAUAUAAAGAUAU